AUCAACACUGACGAACUUCCGGGCUACGUUUUUUAUUUAUAAUCUGGGUUAGGCGACGUUACACGCUCACAAACGACCAUUUCUCCGAACAUGAACAACAGUGUCAAGUAUGUGAUUAGAGCGCGGUGUGACGUCGUCAAGGCUGUCGGAAAAGAAGUCCAAGGGCAUUAAGAAGUGAAGGUCUCCAUCUUUGAGAAGCAUUUGUCGGACAGCACAAUUGCUCGGAUUUGAACGCCAACGCGUAAAAAUACAAGACAAGCCGUUUGAAAGCCGGACCACAAGACUGCUUCUUCCUCUUCCUUUUCCUCUUCCACCUCCUCGCAGUUAGCUAGCUUAUACCGGCCACAAAGCUGCUAGCAAGGCUUGCCGCUAGCUGUGGGUUCAAAACAACCAAAUGACGGUGGCGUUCGGAUAGGGAGCAGAAGGUGGAGAUGCUUAAGAUUUAAAAAGGUUUGUUGACUAUCACCAGGAGACAAAUCGACAGCUGAACCGAUGUUGCGAAAUCGCUAACUCUUCCGUCGGAGAAUGGCGGACCGCCGAACAGCUUCCAUAAUAUUGGCUCAUCCGUACAGUCAUCGCGUGUUGUUCUUUUCUCGCCCGCUUGAAGCCUCCGUUGCCAUUGAGGAGAUUUAUGGGCUCACAAGUUUCAUCUGAUGAGAUGAGCGUGCGUGCUGGCCAGGGGAGUGAUGAGGUGCUGGUGUCACAGGCUGUGUGGGACUACCUGGCCGCCGCUGGCAGGCCCUGGCUUCUCGACUUCCAGCACAAGCAGGGCAUGAACGCUGGCAUCGUCCGACGUGGUGAGAGCGGGGGCUGCUGCGCGGUGAGGCUGCAGCCAGUGCCAGGCGCCAGGCUCGCCGCGGUGGCGGACGCUCCCGUUUCCAGUGAGACACGCAAAGCCUUCAUCGAUCUGUGCCGCUGUGCCCGCAAGGAGAUGAGUAAGCAGGAUGGUGGCCCCAAGAGGAAGAGGGCCCUGCUGCCUUGUACGGGGGUCCUGCAGCCAAACGGGGAGGGGACCCUGCUCCAACUUUCACCCCAGCUGCCGUCUCGCCGCUCUCAGAGACAGCAGCAGCAGAAGUUCCGUAAGGCUGCGGACGAAGAGGCCUUCUCCGUGCUCCAUGAAGCAGCCCACCGGAAAGACUGUGGAGCAACUUCCCACGGCGAGGCGGACGACAACAGUUCAUGCUCCAUCUGCAUGGGGGACGUGGUAGAUAAGACCACCCUGGAGAAAUGCGGCCACUCCUUCUGCCGCUGCUGCCUGGAUCAAGCCUUCAAGGUGAAGAGGGCAUGUCCUGUAUGUCGCCUUGUUUACGGCCAGCUGAUUGGUAACCAGCCUGCCAAUGGCACCAUGAUUGUCGAGCGGGAUCCCACCCUGCAGCUCCCGGGUCAUGAAGGCUACGGUUGCAUCAGCAUCAUCUACAGCUUCCCUCCCGGCUUCCAGGCGCCAGAGCAUCCCAACCCGGGCGUGCGCUACCCAGGAACAGACCGUUUGGCCUACCUCCCUGACAGCCCCGAGGGGAACCGUGUGCUAGGCCUGCUGCGCCGGGCUUUCGAGCAGCGCCUUACCUUCACCAUCGGUACCUCCAUGACCACAGGCUUGCAAAAUGUCAUCACCUGGAAUGACAUUCACCACAAGACCUCAAUAUGGGGCGGGCCCCGCUGUUUUGGAUACCCAGACCCGACGUACCUGGUGCGUGUGACAGAGGAGCUGCGAGAGAAAGGCAUCACGGCGGAAUGAAGCGAAAGACCUUCAGGAGUGUGCAGGACUUGAGAGCGGGUAUGUAAUGGCAAGAUGGUUGCGGGUUGGUGUGUUCAAGACAUCACGUAAUGGUUGGCCCUCAGCAGACAGGUGCUGCUGCAGCAGAGUCCCAUUCGCAGUGCGCGCCGACUCGAGUUGAUUUCGGCUCAGUGCUACGACCUGUGGAAGGCGUGAGUGAGCGCAGCUCGUGCUUCAGACAUCUUAUUUUGGAAUCACUCUGUCAUGAAGACUGUUUUGUUUUGAAUGUUUAGUUCUGCUCUGGGGAUUCCCUCCUUUGUUUUUUCCCCAAGCACAUUUUUGUGAUCGUGCGAACGUUCAAAAUGGGUGUCUUGUUUCCCAGAUGACAGAAUAGCAUCGCUAAAAAAGACUUUUGCAAUCCAAAGCACUUGCAGGCACUUUUUUUGCACCCAUUUUCUUCCUGUAAUUUUUUUUUUCGCGCAGCAGCUGUCUGUCGUCGCGUGAUGUCAUUAGUUCAGACCUUUGUGAUUUGUUUUCCCCGUGUCCGUCAUGAACUAAAAUGGGGGAGUUUUCAAACACAAAUAAUGUGGCUUUUUAAGCAUCGUUCACCCGUGUUAUCCCAAGAUGCCUCACAGGCAUCGAGCUCAUAAGACCUUAGUAAGUUAGUGCUAUGCUCAUCUAAUUAGUAGUAACCAGAUUUAUGACGAUGUCAAAUAUGAAGGGCAUACAAGCCACUAAACCAAAUCAAUGGCACAAAAGCUCUUGAAAUCAAAUCAAAUCUAUGCCUCUAUCUCUGUCGAAUUGGGAGAUUUGCCUGCUGAAACUCGUUUAACUUGAUAACACCGUUCUCUCAAAUGUUUAUCUGGGUUGAUGAUCGAUGACGUGGGCUUGGGGGAAAUUAAGAAAAUUUAGGAGCAAAUAUGAUUAGAAUUGUUAUGGUGUGGAUUUCGUUGUGCCUUUUCUGAUAAUCACUUUGAUAAAAAAAAAAAAUGGAGCAUGACGUUACUCAGUAAGUUCUGUUUGUACUUCCAUGUUACAUGGCAAAACUCUUUGUAGCGGAGAGGCUCUCACAAGGGAUCAAUGUAUCAAACCGCUUUGCUUAAGCAGGUUACGCACAUACCCACUUGAAACAUUUCUCCCGGUUACCAAAAUGAGAAACCCUACGAGGAGGAAAAAGAAAAAAAAAAAACAGACAAACCCACCAUUGUCUCUCAACUGAUGUGUGAGAGGCAGCACGGCGCUACACAAUACCAUGACUGACGGAAAAUACAAAAAAAGAAUAGAAGGCAUAAAGCUAACUUAGCUUAUGCGCUGAUUGGAUGGCAGUUGAAAACUCUGGUUAUAUUGACUGCACACAUGAGGAUUUGCAAUUACAAAUAACAGACAAGUUCUAAAUUUACAGUUGUUUUCUGUCCAGAUGACACAGCCUACACCAGGGGGAUAGUCACUCUGAAGGACAUCAGGGGCCGAAUGUAAUGACAUGUUUUCGCUCUAUGGUUUAUUUAGGGGUUAGUAACAUAAGAACUUUCUCGUAAGUAAUUUCCACUUGAAUACAGUUAAUAGAAACUUCAUUUGCAUGUACGUCGCCAUUGUUGUUUACUUCGCAAUGCAUUCAUGGCAGUGAUGUAAAAUGGUUGCGCGCUUUUGUUUUUAGCGGUCGCAGCUGUUCAGACCUUUCAAAUUCGAAGUGGGAGUGUCAUCAAAGAGAUGAGGAAGAAGCCUGUGGGUGAUAAUGUGAUAAAGCUGGAGUUGGGGCAUUUUCGGACAUGCACAUCUCUCAGUGGAUUCAUCUGUCGUAAGCGGUGAACAUUGUACACGUAGAGGUGUGGCAAAUUAUGUUGUAAACAGCAAAAGCAAGAUGAAGUAUAUAUUUCUAACAAUGUUUCAAUCGUAGUUUUUUCGCCAGAGAAAAUACUUUUUUUUUUUUUUUUUUUUUUAACGUGAAUAUGCCAAAUACCAAGUAAUAGUUAAAUAACCAUGUACAAAAACACCUAAACACACGCAAUCAAAUGAAAACUAUGCGCUCCCCACCUAUUCUCCACCUCGGCUUGACCGAACAUGUUAAAAAAAAAAAGACCAUAUGCAGAACCUAAAAACUAGAUGGGUCCCAGACGUCGACAGGUGGUAGAUUGAAUCUUGCUUUUAACCCAUGCUCCCAAAAGUCGUAGAUCAUAAGCAUCUAGACAGGUCAGCAAUUCUAUCGGACAUUGCGCACAAAUGUUUUAUGCCCCCGUCAUGUCACAUUUCGAGAGCGAUGGGAGAAAUAAGUGUUGUGUAACACACCUGUUAAAGCUGCUAAACUGAUAUCAAAUCUUGAGAGUAUUGAUCACCACCAAGUUGUCUCUAUGUAAUGGAGGUUUUGCCGGCCUAUGGGAAUAGAGUAGCGCAGGGAAGGAAGAACCCCUAUUGGAUGAUAGUUACAGUCUACACCACGAGGAAUCGGUGAACGUUUAUACCGAAACGCCGUUUCUCUACAUGAGCCACCCAAUACUAAAAUUGAAAAUUAGGCAACGUCAGACCACCACUAAGAUUACAACUUUGCAACAAAGUUAUACGAACUCUUGGUGGCUUCCCGCUGCAAAUAAAAGAACAGAUAAUCUUAUCCAAGGAAUCAAAAAGAAUUGUUUCGGCCCCCCCCCCCCCCCCCCGGAAAAAAAGGGGAAAGACUGACAAUCGAAAUUUUGGCCACGUAUUCAUCUUUACAACUUGAAUCUUGCCAAUCAAUGAAAGGGGGAGGUUACCUUUGAAUAACAGAAGAAACCUUUGAGAUAAGGGGAGUGAUGUUAGCCAGUGAACGAUUGGACAGAGAUCGUGUCACAAUGAUAACCAAGUAAUUCAAACUCAAACAAGUCAGUCAGAUUACUGGCGCUGAGGCGGAUUCUUUUCCAGCUUCAAUUUAAGAGAGCAGUCACAGAAGUAGUUGGAUCAGUAACAUAUGAUAAGAAAUUGUCCGUGUAUCAUGACAAACUAAACUCUCUACCGUUUAGAGUGAUUCCUCUAACCAAGGAAGAAGAUCAACAUGAGUUGAGCAUGCUCAGUGGAAAAGACAUCAGAGUCAUCAGAGUAGCUCUCACUGGCUUUAGGAGAUCAAUAAAGGUCAAAUCCGGGAAAUACAAAUUGCCAAAUUUUUCCAAACGACAAUUACUCUCUAAAAAGCUUUUGACAGCAUCCAAUAAAAUCGACAUCUCCGGGGAUUUGGUGGUUUAGCAUAAAUUGUAUUAAAACAUGAUGACCCUUUUUAAAAUCAUGUUCCUCCUUGGCUAUCAAAUACAAGGGUGGACUGUCUGCAAACGAGAUGCAAUUAAUUUAGCCAACGUCGUCACAUCAGCGUUGAGCAGAGAUCAUGAUUUAUCAAAUCCACACAAGGUCGGCUUUUCGUCUUUCUUAAGAAGGAGUGCGAUUCUGUUCAAGUGGGUGGCAAGGGAUCACAUUCGUCAACCCAUUAAAUGCUGACAAAAGCGGAAAUUCGUCCAUUGUAGUGCUGUCUACGGGAAGUUCAAACUUAGACAGAAUAAAAUAAUUUCAACAUGAUGUUGACUUCUAUCGGAUCUGUCGUGAUCACAUUCCAAUUAUUUUGGAUGUUAGGUAUUAACAUGAGAAGCAACUUUGCGUUGUAACUGUGCCACUAAUCUGCUCGCAUUGUCACCACAUUCUUAUUGUGCGCCACGACUUAAUAGUAGCGAGCACUCAGCUUCUCUUGUUGGCAUGAAAUCAAAUUGUGCUUGUAAAUCAAAAUGUUCGGAAGUGGGAUUCAACGCAAAUCUGUCGUCCAACUUCCUGGUCGCGAUUGUUUUUCAUUCAGCCUCAAAUUAAGCCUAUUUUUAGAGAGCACAUCGUAAGAAAUAAUCUGUCCUUUAAGAUACGCUUUCAGGUCUCCCACAGAAGUGAAGACAAAUUGGUUGUUCUGGUUAAAAGAAAGGAAAUCAUUUAAGAGAGAU